UUGAUCGGGUGCGGACGUGCCAACGCCGCCUGCCCUCCCCCUGUCGGCUGCCUUGACGCGAGUGGCGGCUCGCGCGGAGGCUCGCGAUGGGGAAGAAGUCGCGGGCGGUACCCGGCCGGAGGCCCAUCCUGCAGCUCUCCCCGCCGGGACCUCGGAGCGGCGCCUCUGGGCGAGACGCGGAGCCCGAAGCCGAGGUUGAGGUGGACGCGGUGCUUUCCGCCCCGGCUCCUACCCCGACCCCGACCCCGACUCCGGCUCCAGCUCCGGCCCUGGCCCCGGUCCCGGCCCCGGCUCCGGCUCCGGCUCCGGCUCCGGCACCGGCACCGGCACCGGUCCCAACCCCGGCUCCGGCUCCGGCCUCGGCUUCGGCUCCGGCUCCGGCCCCGGCACCAGCGGCGACCCCGGCCCUGACCCUUGCCCCGACGGCGGUAGCGACGGCGGCCACCGUGGCGACCUCCCUGGAGGACUCGCCCUCGGAAGAUGAGCAGGAAGUUGUUCCAGAAGCUCCUAAAGUUAUUGUUCAGAAUCCCCCCAAACCAGUCAUGCCAACGAGACCUACCAACGUUAAAGCAACAGGAGGCUUGUGUUUGCUUGGUGCCUAUGCAGACAGUGAUGAUGAUGAGGGUGAUACGCCUGAAAAACCAGCCUUGCCCAAGGAGGCGAAUGGAAGCCAGUCCACCGACAUUGACAGCACACUGGCCAACUUCCUAGCGGAGAUUGAUGCCAUAACAGCCCCCCAGCCUGUGUCUGCUGCUAGCACUUCUGCCCCUCCUCCAACUCCGCCUCGACCUGAGCCCAAGGAGUCUGGAACGGCGUCCGUCUCCUCUUCAUCUGCAAAUGGAACCGACUCAGGCCACGCCACAGGGUGGCAGUAUGACACCCAGUGCUCCUUGGCAGGAGUGGGGAUUGAGAUGGGAGACUGGCAAGAAGUCUGGGAUGAGAACACAGGCUGCUAUUACUAUUGGAACACACAGACAAAUGAAGUGACGUGGGAACUCCCACAGUACCUGGCUACCCAGGUGCAGGGGAUACAGCAUUACCAGCAGAGUUCUGUAGCAGGUGCUGAGACAAGUUUCCUGGUGCCAGCAGAUAUAUAUUCCAAAGAAAAGGCUCUUUCUGUUACCACUAAUAAGAGUGGGCCACUCUUGGUUAAGCGAGAAGUUAAAAAGGAGGUGAACGAGGGGAUCCAAGCCCUUUCAAACAGUGAAGAGGAGAAGAAAGGGGUGGCGGCUGCUCUGCUGGCCCCUUUGUUGCCUGAGGGUGUAAAAGAGGAAGAGGAAAGAUGGAGGAGAAAAGUGAUUUGUCAAGAAGUCGAUCCAAUGGCAGAGGUAAAGGAGAUGGUGACGGCAGAGGAAUUGCCAGGGACAAGAAGAACCCAAGAAACUAUGGGAGAAAACGUGGACGCCAACUCCCCAGAGGAUCUGUGUAGUGUUGUGCAGUCCGGAGAGAGUGAGGAGGAAGAAGAACAAGACACCCUUGAACUGGAGCUUGUAUUGGAAAGAAAAAAGGCAGAACUACGGGCAUUGGAGGAAGGAGAUGGUAGUGUGUCAGGGUCUAGUCCACGGUCUGAUAUCAGUCAAUCAGCAUCUCAAGAUGGAAUGCGUAGACUUAUGUCAAAAAGAGGGAAAUGGAAGAUGUUUAUCCGAGCUACCAGUCCAGAAUCUACUAGCCGGAGUUCUAGCAAAACUGGCCGUGAUACCCCAGAAAAUGGCGAAAUUGCGAUGAGCACUGAAAAUUCAGAGAAAAUAGAUGAGCAUUCUGACAAAGAGCCAGAGGCAGAAGAAUGUCCAGAAAAACUAAAGUCACAAAUGGGGCCAAAGCUGGAUGAAGAACAGGAUUUGAAAUUUCAGAUUGGAGAACUGGCAAAUACCCUGACCAGUAAACUGGAAUUCCUAGGAAUUAGCAGACAAUCCAUCUCCAAUUUUCAUGUGCUACUCUUACAGACUGAGACGCGGAUUGCAGACUGGCGAGAAGGAGCUCUCAAUGGAAACUACCUCAAACGAAAACUACAGGAUGCAGCAGAACAACUAAAACAGUAUGAAAUAAACGCCACUCCUAAAGGCUGGUCCUGCCACUGGGACAGGGAUCAUAGACGUUAUUUCUAUGUAAACGAACACUCGGGCGAGUCUCAGUGGGAGUUCCCAGAUGGUGAAGAAGAAGAAGAAGGAGAAGGGCAAGCCCAGGAAAAUAGAGCAGAGACUCUUCAUAAACAAAUCUUGAAAGAGAAAAGUGCUGCUGAUGCAAACUCUGGGGAAUCCACUGAGAAUUCCACAGGUUCUCUUUGUAAAGAGCCCUUUCCUGGCCAAGUCUCUUCUGCGUCGCUCGUGCCACUUACUCCGUUUUGGACCCUCCUUCAAUCCAGUGUUCCUGUGCUUCAGCCUCCAUUACCCUUAGAAAUGCCACCCCCGCCUCCCCCUCCCCCAGAGUCACCUCCUCCCCCCCCCCCACCUCCUCCUGGAGAGGAUGGUGAGAUUCAGGAGGUAGAGAUGGAGGAUGAAGAAAAUGAAGAGCCUCCUGCCCCAGGAACCGAAGAAGCUGCCCCCUUAAAGCCCUCUGUAGCAACUCCAGCUGUCAGCAGCCAGAGUUCAGUUGAUUCCAUCACCUCCAACUCUACUACUACCAGAGCAGUGAAGAGGAAAGCCUCAGACACAGCUGCUGGAGUGGCCCAAAGAUCAGCCACCAUUGGUGGCUCUCCAGUUCUCUAUAGCCAGCCAGCCAUAACUACAGGUCACCAAACUGUAAAUGUCAGCCAUCAACAAACCUCAGAUAUCGCCCAUCAAACAACAGGCACCAGUCACCAAGGCACAGGCGUGGGCCUACAGUCAAGUUAUCUGGGACUGGCAGCAUCUCCUGCUGUCAUGUCCUAUCCUGAGUGCCCCUUACCGUGAAUGACUGUUCCCACAUUACAGCCAGUCCCAUCUCGAAGCCUGCUGAGCACUGCUAGCGUCACAGAGCCUCCGCCUCCGCCUGCUCCCAAAAUGCCGCCACCUGAGAAGAGCAGGAAGGGGAAGAAGGACAAGGGGAAGAAGAGUAAAACAAAGAUGCCAUCUCUGGUAAAGAAGUGGCAGAGCAUCCAGCGGGAGUUAGAUGAAGAGGAGAAUUCCAGCUCCAGUGAUGAAGACAGGGAAUUGACAUCACAGAAGCGAAUCGAGGAAUGGAAACAGCAGCAGUUAGUCAGUGGCAUGGCUGAGAGAAAUGCUAACUUUGAGGCCCUUCCUGAGGAUUGGCGUGCUCGACUAAAGAGGAGAAAAACAGCUUCAAACACAUAAUUCAUUCGGGGCGUUUGUGUUUCAUUUUCAUGUACAGUUAAGAGUCUUACCACUUUUACUGUUGUCAAAUAAACUGUAAAUGUUUUGGGAGAGAGCUUUGAAUUUCCUGUUGGUGAAAGAACACGUGGAAAACCAAGUUUUCCCUCCCUUCUGAGGAUUGGAAUCUUAACAGCUGAAGUUAAAGGGCCAGGCCCUUGGACUUCCUCUGCCGCCUUGGCCGUGUGUGUACACUCACGCAUCAAUUUGAUGCUAAGGCUGAGGAGCAGUAUCUCGAUCACAGGCUUAAUAAGGUGUGAAGGAAGGAGAGGAGGGGGCAGGGAGGUCUGAGGGUUCAUCCAGAUCGCUGUAGUUUCCAUCUAUCCCCAGCAAGUGCAAUUAAGCAGAAGGCAGCAGUUCUCUUUUUUUCUCCAAAACCUUGUUCCUUGCUUAUAGCCUGGUAAUCCCGGCCUGUGCUUCCAGCCUCGGGCUGCUUGCCGCCCAUGUUCUGCAGUACCUAAGUCUGAUGGCUCUCCCAUACUGACAAGUGUCUGCACUGGUCCGCAGAGAUUCUAGAGCUGAAUGUCCUCAUCUCACUUGGACACUCGUGGAGGCUGGGUUCAGAAUUUCACACAAGCAGCAACGAUUGCCGUUUAAUAUCUCCGGUAAAGAAAGGUGGAUGUCUCAAUCCCUUGCUCUUAGCAGAAUGAGUAUGUCAGAAGCAGUCAAGUCCAGAUUAAUGUUUCUUUGUCUCCAUUUUACCCUGUUCUCAAGUGCACGGUCCUUCUGUCUCUUUGUACUUACCGUCUGUACAGAUUCCAAUAUUUAAACAGCGGUUCCCUGUUCUUUGUGUUUUGUAUCUUAUCACAAUCAGGUAAAAGUCACUUUCUUUAAACUGAAGGAAAAGCAAAUUGUGUUUUAGAGCUGUUUGUAUUUCUCCCGUUUUUGACUUUGUAGAUUUGUAUAUAUGCACUAAUAAAAUCUUUUUACACUUCUGA